AUGCCUGUCAAUGGUGAAGAUGAAAAUGAUCUUCAACAAGUGAUACGCGAAAAAAUACUAUCUCAAACAAUCAAACAGGAGCCGGUAUGUGCUGUUUAACAUGUCUUAUAGGUAACAAAAGUUUAAGAACUAUGUAAAUAGGUAACAAAAGUUUAAAAACUGUGUAAAUAGGUAACAAACGUUUAAAAACUGUGUAAAUAGGUAACAAAAGUUUAAAAAUAGCGAGUUAUAGGUAAUUAGGUAACAAGGUUUUCAAAAAAAACAUUAAUUAUAAAACGUAACCCAGUUUUUUAAAUUUAGUUUAAAUUUGGGUAAAAUACGAUUAAAAAACUAAAUUUUACUAUAUUUUUUCAUAAGAGUUAAUUUCAGGACGAAAAGGCGUUCGAAGAUGUCAAAAAUGAAGUUUUGAGCAUGUUGCACAAGAACUUUGACGCUCCAUCGACGUCAAGUUCGGCUUCGGAGAAUCAAGAAAGCGAGGACACCAGCGAAUUUGAAAUAGACUUUGACCAUAGUAUCGACAUGGUUGUCAAACAAGGCCUAUUAGAAUCCCAAAUUGCAAAACAAUUUGCAGCUGAUAAACCAAAUUACGACAUGGUUACAAGUAAGUUAAUGAACUGGUAGAGUAAGGUAAUGUAGGCCAGGCCAAGCUCGCGUCUGGUUUGAGGUCAAAAAAACUUUUUUUUUUGUUGACAAAGACAGACACGAACUUUUUUCAAAACAAGGUUUCAGUGGUACUGACUCAAGCGCAAAAGCAGUUGGAGCAAACUCAAGCUUUGGAAACGUCGGCUUCAUCUAGUCUGCAGGGUGACGAAAAGCCUAAGAAAUAUCGCAAAUACGAAUAUCCCAUUUUGGACCAGUUGAAUGCUAAGAAAUUGGAAGAGCAAAUGUCAGACCCGAAAAUUGUAAGAGUUUAAGUUUUGUAAUAAAAAAAAGUUGGAAAUCUACACCUACAAACCUUGUAUAAUAUUUUUUUUAAGUUAUAAAUGUUACCUGAAUUUAAUAGAUGUAAUUUUUUUUUGGAAUGUUUGUUUUAACUGACUUAAAAGCAACUUUUUAGGAUCCCCACAUGCGCGCUAUAAUCCUGUACGAAUUCAAAACCGGCCACAGCUCAACCGAAGCAACCAACAACAUUAACAAAGCGUAUGGACCCGACUCUAUUACCAAAAGUGCCGUUCAAAGCUGGUUCAAACGCUUCCGAGGCGGCGACUCGAAAACCCGCGACCGCCGUGGCGGACGAAAACUGUUGUUGAGACAUUGCGAAGAGGAUUUGAUUGAUGCACUGGUUGCUAAUCCCAAAAUUACCUUGCAGAAGCUAUCGGAAAUGUUUGGUGUAGGAGUUAGUACCAUUUUCAAUCAGCUGCGACGAUUGGGUAUCAAGAAGACCAAGGAGGGUUGGAAGUAG